AUGAUGACAAAUAUUGAUCAAAAUACCUCGUAUUCUGGAUUCCAGACGGAUUUAUCAGCUUGUGCGUGGGCGAAUGUUACAAAAGCGGCAUUAAAGCCACUGAUGAAAUUACAAAAACUGACAUUGACAACAGCACUUGGAACCUCCAGGCAGACUGUAGCACUCUCAUCUCUAGAAGUAUUCUGUAAUUUGUUACCUGCAUAUUUUAGGCUGAUGAGGAGGCAGAUGAUUAAAGCAAUAACUCUACAUUCACGACUUCUGUAUCAUCCCUUGUCAGCCUUAUUUGAAAAACCAGAAACGGGAACAAUAUUCGCAAAAUUAAAGGAAAUCAUAUCAACAGUCAGCAGCGAUAAUAAUCCCAUGAGUAAACUGAUAAAACAUUCAGAAAUGCAUGUGCUAUCUGAGCCAUGUGCUACGGCAGUUGAUGUGAUAAUUUCAAAUGAUGAGCUAGCAUUGAAUAAGGAACAAGAAUUGCUAGAAAAAAUUGAUAACACAACUAUGCUUUUGAUCUAUACCGAUGCCUCUAAACAACAUGAUGAAGUAGCAGCAGCCGUGAUGAUAAUGACAACAGCUGGUGAUGAGUUUAGAUGGGAGGAUUAUGGCAUGUGUUUAGGACAAAAAUACUCCGUGUAUUAUGGCGAGCUGUUAGCGAUACAACUAGCUCUGAAAAUUCUAGUAGAUAUACCUUCAUCAAAACAAAUUACCCUUUUCACGGAUAACCAGUCAACAUUAAAAGCCAUAGCAUCUAACAGGCAGACAAGUCCAUUGAUUCAAGAUAUUCGAAAAACAUACGAGAUAUUAAGAAAAGACAACAGUAUGAUAUUUAGAUGGAUACCGGGACACUUAUCAUCAGGUCAUAAUUAUUUAGUUCCCGUAGUUCCGUUUGAUGAUAACGAUUAUAGUUUUAGUCAUUAUUCUCCUGAAUACGAUUUUAUUUGUCUUGAUGAUGUUUUGAAACGUUUAAAUCAACAUCGAAAUCUGGUUAAUAUUGUCAUUUUGGAUGCGUGUCGAGCCGAUGAACAAAACGAUACGUGGAAAUCAAAAGACAUUACCGGCUCUCUAUCAUCUUUACCGAUUAUACCUGUUUAUGGAACUAGUAAAGGUUUAUCAGCCAAUGUUCGUACACCUCAAAAUUCAGAAUACGUAUUAAUUUUCUCAUCUGAUCCAGAAAAUAGUUUACUUGAAGGUAAUUUAUUUCAUUUGUACGUGGCUUUAAUGGAUAAACUUUCAAGUCCACCGAAGUAUUUAGCACAAAAAAGACGUUUUGACCAAUUCAGUAUAAAAUCCAAAGUUCAAAUCAUUAAUUUAUAG